AUGGAGAAUGACAGUAGUGAAAAUUUCUUUUUGCCGGCUCUGCUUUGUGGUGUAAUUGCUUUGCAUCCAGAAGACCCGCUUACAUUUUUAGAAGAAAAGCUCAGAGAAAUAAUGUAAAAGGGAAUAGAUUCUGUAUUAUGGUAUUUAUGUACCAAAGCAUGAAACUUUUACAGCAGAAACUUAAUGAAGCUGUAUUUUGGAGGAUGGAUAAAAUACAAUCUGCUGAGAAAGAACAAGAAAAAGGCAGAGCAGAAGAUGGCUCUAGCAGUCCAUUAUAACGUCCAAAUCUUAAUAAUUAUACAGAAGUGGAGCAUGUGGGUUCAGAUUCAGAAGGAGAAGAUGGCAUUCUCUCUCUCUCUUUUAAUUUUGAAAAGGAGCUUUCCCAGUUUGCAGUAUCUGAGUUUAGCUCCCUGCAGAAAAUUCACAGACAAAGGUUUACAGUACCUGGGCUCUGGAACAGGAUGUCACAAGCUCAUCUGUUUGGACCUGAAAUUGCAUUCAGGUUUGUACUUCACGUCUUUCUUUCAUUCUGUGAAGAAGAGAAUCCUUUAUAUGACUGGCUGCAUCCUGCAUUCAUGGUAUACUGAAGCAGAACAAGCACUGCAGCAGGCUUCCAGGGUUUUGAAUUACAUGACUACAGCUGCUCUGGUUUAAAAAUGUUGACAGAUAAUGCCUGUUGUGUUUCUUGACUCUCCACAUCUUUCUGAUCCAACUUUUAAAGCCCUUGCUGAAUGUAAACUCGUUAAGGUCAGGACUGAGGGAAAUGACCAAAUUACUGAUUUGCAUUUCAAGUUGAUAAGUAAAUGCUGCACAUACAUCAGGCUUAUUCAUAUUGCUCGUUGCCAGAAGACAGAUGUUGGUCUUAAGAUGAUUUCACAACUGAAGUAUAUUCAUGCCCUGAGUGUAGCAGACAGCUUAUUGCACCCAGUUUCUGCAAAACAUUCUAAAAGAAUUUUAGUAAAGUUAAUUAUGCUCAUCCAACUGACCUACCUUAAUCUACGUCACUGUGAAAAUGUUACUGAUGCUGGAAUUGAAGCUUUGGGAAAUAUGUCGUCACUGAUGUCCAUUGAUAUCUCUGCAACCAACAUCUCAGAUAUGGGGUUGAGAGCCCUUGGUUGCUGUGGAAAAAUAAAGCAACUUUCUCUAUCAGAAUGCAAAAAUGUCAGUGAUACUGGGAUUCAGGAGUUCUGCAAGGGCACAAAACACCUAGAAUAUUGUCACGUCUUCAGUUGCCCUCAGCUGACAGACGAAGCUGUGAAAUAUUUGGCAUUUUACUGUCACAGACUAGCAUCUGUCAGCACAGCUUGUUGUCCAAAGAUGACUGACACCUAUAUACAAUACUUGGCCACAGCCUGCCUUUAUCUCCACUUCUUGGAUGUUUCGGGUUGCAUUAAUCACAAAGCACUGAAAUGUCUUUGGAAAGAGUGUAAGCAACUCCAGACUCUCAAGAUGCUGUACUGUAGAAAUAUUACCAAGCAAGCUGCCUUGAAAUAUACAGCCAAAUUGGAGAAAGAAGAAUAUAACGAUGCUGAUCCUCCUGCCUGGCUUGGGUAUGGCAGGGGUGGUAAACCUUCACCAAAAAACACAAGUCAGAGCCUGACUAAACAAACUCUUCAAAAUGAAAAAUGAAGAAAUCGUGCAACACCUACAGCUCAAGAACCCUGGAUGUCACUGCGUGGGGGACUGUAGCGUGCUGACCUCUUCACUCAGUGUGAAAGUGGGAGCCUUGAAGCAAGCAUCUACUUGUAGAAGAAAAUUCUCAUAUAUCAACUUUAAGAAGAGAUUGUUGAGAACGAAGGGACAAGUGCUUGGCUGCAGAAAGAAUAAGUGUCCCUAUGGGUUAAGGUAAAGAGAAGGAGAAGCAGGAAGCUUCUCCCUUGCCAUGUCAAAGAAACAUUACUGACUUACUUGGCAAAGAAAGCCAAAGAGCUAUUUUCAGAAGAGUAAGAGAAGGAACAAAGCACGUGCCAAAACCAAAUAAUUUGUCUCCCUUCAGGUUUGUUGCUUCUUAUAGAGCAGAGGAGAAAAGAGCAGGAGAAUCUGAUCAUUGGUUAUAUUAUGAGAGAAAACACUCAACAAAGCUAAAUGCCUGCUGUAAGAUGAAGACAAGCCACUUCAGCCCAGCACUAGUUUAGCUGAAUUGCAUCCUGCAGAAAAUUCCUCUCAGGGUCUAUUUUCCAUUUACCUGUAUUCUGAUAGUUUUACAUCUACAUUUAAUAGUUUUUUUGCACAAUGCUGUAACCUCUUAAAAACAACUAUGAUCAAUGGCCAAAUGCUGGUGCCUUUGCAUAACCGUUGCUGAUUUUGGCUUUGAGAUCCGUAUGUUUGAGGGUAUAUUUGGAGCCGCUUUUGGCCUAAACUGCCAGGAUCAUUUAUAUACAGUAUGGUAGGCUGAAAAAUUGCUUCCACUUCAGCGAUGCCUGCGCUACAUAAACACUGACUGGAUCAUGAACCCAGAGAAGCCAUUCAUCUGUGUAUAUUUGAAACACUAAUCUUAUCUUUAGCAUUGCCAGAGCAGCAAGAUGACCGGCCAGUGGUCCUCAUUCACUGGGAAUUGUGUUGCUUUAGUGCCGACGCUGUUCAUUACCUAGAGCCUGACUGGAAUCUGGGGCCCUUCUGCAGGUUACCAGCCUGAAGAGUUUUAACCAUUGUUUUCAAAAAUCUGUAUUUAAUUACCACUAAUAAACUUGGAUGCUAGUUACUGUUCAAGGCAGGAAGAGAUAUGCCUAUACAUUUCAAGACUAUUGCAUACAUGCAGGUUACAUAUUAAGAUUAUGUACAUACACUUCUAACAUUUCCUAACUUUGAGGAUUUAAGAAUUACCAUUUUAAAUGGGGGAAGAAAAGAAGUUUUGCACAUAUUCUCAUAGCUUUAAAACAAAGAAAAACUCAAAGCCUCACCCAAUCUGUUAUCAUUAUCAGGUCAUACCGACAUAACACUUCCACAAACAAAGCUGAAGCCUUCAGACACAUUACAUUAACAGUGCCUCUUGAGCAAACUGAGUAAUUGCUAACACUAACAGCCUUAAAUUCUGGAUGGACAGGUCUGGAGAAAGGAGAGAAAUACACACCCUGACAAUGAACUGUAGGGCUGUUUUCUGUAGAUGGAAACAGCAAGACUUGGGGUUUGCAUGUUCAAUUUUAAAUGCAUUAGAAUAAUGUUUCCAGGAACCACAAGCUCCUUUCCAUGUACUCUAUUCCUCCAUAUUCCAACAACUUCUGCUCUUCUCCUAGCUAUCUCCCACCCAUCACUUCUCAGACUAACCCGCUCUGUUUAACACUUAUACCAUACAUUUAUAAAUAUGCCACAUACACCUUUUAAUUCACCCUCCCACCCAACGGAGAUGCACGAUGAACAAUUUUCAUUGUAUUUUAAUAGACAUUCCCUGGCGAUUUAUUAUAUGUGAUUGCUUAAGCCAACAAAGCAAUGGGUCAAAUUCAGCCUUCCCACAAAUUCACUGGAAUAAUGCUGAGGGUGAAUUUGGCUCUAAGAUUUUUGUCAGAGAAGCAGUUGUUUGUAUUUGCAAAUCAUUUACCAAACAAAACAAAAGAGCCAUGUAGUAACAUGGAGAGUUCAAUGGCACAAGCAGAUGUGUGAAGCUGAAACAGAUGCAACAGGAAGAGGCCAAGAGCAAUAAACUCAAACGAAAGUGUAGAUGUCUUUGACUAAGGCCAGACAGACAUUUAAUGGUAGCCAAGAUUAGUA